CGCUUCUCAGUGUCCUGGUAAUCGCUGCAAGUACCUCUGAGAGCAAGCCGCCCUCGAGUUCUGACCAAUGCCAGACAGUCCAGUUUCUCCUGUAUGAGCCUGGGUCCGCAGAGACUCGCCUGGAACUGGAGUUCAGAGCAGUCAGGAGCUUGAGACUCCCGAUUGAAAAAGACAACCGUGUCCUCAGUUUUCAGCCCUUUCCAUAUGCGCCGCAUCCCCAGCUGCCAGCCCUUGCCGUGUGCGCCUCCGUACCUCUGCACUUUACUUACACACCGCACCUCCUCUGAGUCUCCGUGUGCUUUUCUCUUCCCUUCUAGUUGUAGAAUUUCCACUCAGCCAGCCUUCCUGUGGUUUUGGAUGAUGUCUGUUUUGUCUUUUAGUUGUAUUUUUGAAGUUGUGAGAGGCACCAAUUUCUGGUGUUUACCUAUGCCCCCACCUUGGUUUCUCGGGAUUACAGUCUUAACUGAGUUUUUUGUUCUGUAUUAGAGCAGACUCCGUAAACUAACAAAUUAAGAACCAAGUAGAGAGGAAUAUUCAUGGACAACAUGUCUCCACCUAUGUUUGCUGGGUUGGUAAUGCAUUUACAAAGUUGGGGCACCAGAUGUGUUUGUUGUUUUUUGCAGAGGUCGGGGAGUUGAGUUUGAGGAGACUGGGUUACGUAACUGAAUAUGUCCAGGAAGACAGAUGGCUAUUCAGGUCUGGGUUAGUCAUGGAGAGGAAAGGAAAAGAAAUAGUGUGUCCCUGGUAGCUCAUUUAGUUAGUGCUUUGUAUCUAUAUGCCAAGGUUGUGGGUUCAAUCCCUAAUCGGGGCACAUAUAAGAAUGAAUCUGGAUGCAUAAAUAAAAGGAACAACAAAUCGGGUGUUUCUCUCUGCUUGUCACCUUUGUAGGAGUCAAGUGAAUGUGGUAUUCUGAGUGGGAUAGGUGAUGGUAGAGCAAUGGGGGUGAAUACACAAGAAGUGGUAGGCAUUUGAGCAAAGCAGGGAAGAGAAGGCUGACAAUCCUUGGGAUGACUUAAGGAAAUGUAUUUGCAAAGUAGCCAUUCAUGCAAAUUCAUUCUUGACUGAUAUAAUGCACCAUUUCAAAAUGAGGGCGUCUGCACUUUUCUGUUCCCAUAUAAGGUUCGGUCUGUGCAAAAGUAGUCUUCAAGCCAAAGUUACCAUUGCAUGACUCCAACAUUAAACAGAAAUGAACUUCAGUGGCUAGCAGCUUUUCCACUAGACUACUGAAACAGCCCCUCCCCACCAUGACACUACUGUUACACCCAGGAACUUGAAGAUGACAGGUGUUCUUUGUUGAUAAUCUAUUGUUUGUGGUCUUGUAGUGGGAAGAGCACAGGUGAAAGUGGUAAAUUUGGUUUGGGAUCCCAACUUAUACUUGUGAAUUCAUACACAUUUUUUUAAAAAAAUUAUUUUUUAAUUGAUUUUGAGAGAUUUGUUCUACUUAUUUCUGAAUUUAUUGGUUGAUUCUUGUAUGUAUCCCAACCGGGGAUCAACCUGCAACCUUCACGUAUCUAGAUGACGCUCUAACCAACUCAACUACCCACCAGGGUUGACAUAUUAUCUGAUGACUCUUGGUAAAAUUACUUACCCCGUACUAUUUGAGUACAUGAUCUUCACCAAUGAAAUACAAAUUCUUAGGGAUUUUGUAUUCCUGCCCCUACACUUCCAACUAUAGUAAUUUACAAUACCCAUUUCCUGUUGAAUGUUCCAGCUAAGUGCUUCCAAUACCUAGUUUUCUUUGUUUCAUGUGCUACAGGUUUAUCCUGAUUUUUCAAAUUUUUUUUGUAGUUCCUCACUGGUUUUGAAGAUAGUUUCCUUAAUGGCAAGGAUUCACCCAAUCUCUUACUGAGUUAAUAUUAGUUGCAAUUCUUGUUUUUUAUUUUUUUAAGUAUAUUUCUAUUGAUUUCAGAGAGGAAGAAACAAAUGAUGAGAUAAUCAUUGAUCUGCUGCCUUCUGCGUGUCUGCAACCAGAGCAUGUGCUCUGACCCAGAAUCAAACUGUGACUUAGUGACCUGGUUCAUAAAGGUGGUUCCUCAACCACUGAGCCAGGCAAGCUGGGCCAGUUCUUGGGUUUAAAAUAAGUUUAGGGAUAGGGUUGAAUAGUAAAGGACAGACACAUGGUUGGCUUUAUAGGGAAUGACUUUAAGAAGAAAUGGGCCUGUAAUUGGUGACUCAUGAUAAGUAAACAAGAAGCCGGCCAGCGUGGCUCAGUAGUUGAUUCUGGUCAGGGCACAUGCCCAGGUUUCGGGCUCCACGCCUGGUGGGGGGCGUGCAGGAGGCAGCCGAUCAAUGAUUGUCAGAUGUUUCUCUCUAUGAAGUCAAUAAAAAUGCAUUAAAAAUUAUAUUCCAUUCACCUUUUGUAGAGGGCCACACCAUGAAGAAUUCUGCAGCUCUUUGUCUAAGCCCCGUGGCAUCUAGUGUGUGCAUAUCUUACGUGGCUAACUGAAUUAAAGAUAAAACUACCUCAUUAGAGACCCAUAGACCACCAUCAUUGCCAUCAACGUCACUACUCAGCCGCUAAGCGGCAUUUACUGGUUGGCUUCCAGCGAUGAGACACAUUUCGUGUUCGUGGUGACGCAAGCCAAUCGGAAAGCAGCUUUCCGCCAGCUGGCCCCUCCAUCUGCCCUGAGCGGUGAGGGGCGGGGCCGGCCUGAAAGCAUCAAGUACUCCAUGGCAACGACGCUCAGUCCAAAGAUGGCGCCCGAAUGGGGUAGAGGAGGGUCCUCGGGUUCAGGUCCGGGCCCAAGUCGGUGGCUUUGGAGCGGUUCUUUAUGGGUCCCAGGCAUUCUGCUCCUGUUGGGCGGGCUGCGGACAGGUGCUACGUCUAUUCCUGUGUCCUUGAGCAGUGCCCUUCCCUGCCGGCACCACGUCCCCUCUGGCACUGAGGUCAUAAAUAAGGUCCAUCUUAAAGCAAAUCAUGUAGUAAAGAGAGAUGUUGAUGAACAUUUAAGAAUCAAGACUGUCUAUGAUAAAAGUAUUGAAGAGUUGCUCCAUGAAAAAAGAUCCCUUGUUAAGAACAAACUUUUUCCACAAGCUAUUUCUUAUUUAGAGAAGACUUUUCAGGUUCGUAGACCUGCGGGCACUAUCUUACUUAGCAGACAAUGUGCAACAAACCAAUACCUACGGAAGGAAAAUGAUCCCCACAGAUACUGUACUGGAGAAUGUGCAGAACAUACAAAAUGUGGCCCCAUUAUAGUGCCUGAAGAGCACCUCCAGCAAUGCAGGGUCUGCCGUGGGGGUAAGUGGCCCUGUGGAGCGGUGGGUGUGCCAGACCAAGAGGGGGUCCGAGAUGCUGACUUUGUUCUUUAUGUUGGUGCUCUGGCCACCGAGAGGUGCAGCCAUGAAAACAUCAUUUCUUAUGCAGCCUAUUGUCAGCAGGAAGCAAAAAUGGACAGGCCAAUAGCAGGAUAUGCUAACCUGUGUCCAAAUAUGAUCUCUACCCAGCCUCAGGAGUUUAUUGGGAUGCUGUCUACAGUGAAACAUGAGAUUAUUCAUGCCCUGGGCUUCUCUGCUGGGCUAUUUGCAUUCUACCGUGAUAAAGAUGGAAAUCCUCUAACUUCAAGAUUUGCAGAUGGUCUCCCACUUUUUAAUUAUAGUCUUGGAUUAUAUCAAUGGAGUGAUAAAGUAGUUCAAAAAGUGGAGAGAUUAUGGGAUGUUCGAGAUAACAAGAUAGUUCCUCACACUGUGUAUCUCCUAGUAACACCUCGUGUUGUUGAUGAAGCAAGAAAACAUUUUAACUGUCCAAUUCUGGAGGGAAUGGAACUUGAAAAUCAAGGUGGUAUGGGCACUGAACUCAACCAUUGGGAAAAGCGGUUAUUAGAGAAUGAAGCAAUGACUGGUUCUCACACCCAGAACCGAGUCCUCUCUCGAAUCACUCUGGCAUUAAUGGAGGACACUGGCUGGUAUAAAGCUAAUUAUAGCAUGGCUGAGAAGUUAGACUGGGGUCGAGGAAUGGGCUGUGACUUUGUCAGGAAGAGCUGUAAAUUCUGGAUUGAUCAGCAGAAAAAAAAGAGGCAGAUGCUAAGCCCUUACUGUGACACUCUCAGAAGUAAUCCCUUGCAGUUAACUUGCAGACAGGACCAGAGAGCAGUUGCAGUGUGUAAUUUGCAGAAGUUUCCAAAACCUUUGCCUCAAGAAUACCAGUACUUUGAUGAACUCAGUGGAAUACCUGCAGAAGAUUUGCCUCAUUAUGGUGGUUCAGUAGAAAUUGCUGACUACUGCCCUUUCAGUCAGGAAUUCAUUUGGCAUGUAAGUGGUGAAUAUCAGCGCAGCUCAGAUUGUAGAAUAUUGGAAAAUCAACCAGAUCUUUUUAAAAACUAUGGUGCUGAAAAGUAUGGACCUCAUUCAGUUUGUCUAAUUCAGAAAUCAGCAUUCGUCAUGGAAAAUUGUGAAAGGAAGCAGAGUUACCCAGACUGGGGGAGUGGAUGUUAUCAGGUUUCUUGUUCUCCACAAGGUCUAAAGGUUUGGGUCCAGAAUACUUCAUAUUUGUGUAGUCGAGCCGGGCAGGUCCUCUUCGUUAGUAUUCAUAUGAACGGCUGGAUUCACGAUGGAAACCUGCUCUGCCCAUCAUGUUGGGACUUCUGUGAACUCUGUCCUCCAGAAACAGAUCCUCCGGCUGCUAACCUGACCCGAGCUCUACCCCUGGAUCUCUGUUCCCGUUCCUCUAGCCUUGUGGUCACCCUCUGGCUUCUGCUAGGCAAUCUGUUUCUUCUGCUGGCUGGAUUUCUUCUGUGUAUAUGGCACUAGGAAUGGAAAUGUGAAUUCUCAAGGCAUUCUUUUGUGUCAUGUUCCUCUGAACAAAGCACAAAAUCUGAGUAUCAGCCUGUGCAGAUGGCAGAAGUGGCAUUCCUGACUUUGGCUUGAAAGUGUUGACCACAGUCAGACCUUGAAGCAGAGCUUCACAGCAACCCAACAGCCUCAGCUUGGAGAAGGGGAAGGAAUUCCAAGUCAUCAAGACUAUUUUUCAGGAUGCAUAACCGUCCUCAAGUUUUCCUUUGAAAAUGGGAUAUUGGUGAAAUUUUCAGAUUACAUACCUCAGCAUUCUCAUUAACCUAAAAUGAUGGGGAAGUUCAUCAAUACUGCAAUAAUAAAGAACUGCUAAUUACUGCAGAUUAUAAGUUGUGGAUCCUGUACCCACAAGUAUAAAUUAUCCUUUGACUUACAGAAAAUAAUUGAGUUGAGGUUUGUACAUCAUUGUUACACCCAUUUUGAAUUUAAUGAGUGUACAUGGUACAAUUAAAUCAUUGUUCUUGUUGUUCUAAAAAGUCUUUUAUAAAAUUAUGUUUUGCUAAAUGUUAUGAUUUAACCAUGCUUGCCUUUUCAAACUAGCUGUGUGAUAGUUUACUAUGGAAUCAUGGUGUGUUGGUAGCCCUCUUCCAGCUGCAUCUGUUACUCCCAGAUCUCCGUAGCUCAGUGUCCUGUUGUAUCCUCCAUUCAUUUAAUAAUGACCUGAAAAACGAUAGAAGCAGAGAGAGAAAAGUAAUGUGCUCUGUAAAAACAUUGAAGACAAGCAAACAGAAGAAAAUAUAAAUGUAUGUGUUUCAGAUAAUAGAUAUGACAACUAUAAUCCAACCGAAAAAUAGAACUAUUCCUUUUUUAACAAUGAAGAUAAAAAGAAAUUCUGGGAUAGACAGGUAUGCAGUUGUCUUCACGUGGGCUUACGAAUUGUUUCAGAAGAACUUCUGAAAAUUAUUUUAUAUACAAGAAGAAAAUAUAAGUCAAAGCAAGAUAAUCUCAAUUGUUUACUAAUAGCUAAGUGUAGGGUUGGUGUACGGCCCAGCCAAUAGGGUCCACUUUACUGCACAACAUAUGGCUCAAUCCUCAGAAGUUAUAAGAUAGCCUUUACUUUGAAAGGAGGUGAUAUCCUUUGCCUCCUGCUUUUGGCACUUCUGUUACCACAUAGAUUCUGGUCCACAGAAGCAAGUCUACUCUGGAGCUUAUCAACCCCACUUACUAAUUAAAUUCUUUAAUGAUAAAUGAUUCCCAAUUUUUCUCUCUAAAGCUAACAAAGUCCUGUGACAUUAUAAACACAGCCCUUGGACAAGCAUUCAUUCAUUCAUACAUUCAUACAUACAUAACAUUCAAUCAUUGGUUAGCCCUUUAAUUCAGCACAUAACUAUUGAGCACUCCGUGUAAGAAAUUGUGCUAAGUGAGCAAGCAGCAUAAUUACUAAAGAGUAAUUCCAGCUGAUUAGUUGGACCUGUGCCAAACAGCAACCCCAGCAAAGGAAAGUUGCCUUUUUUAAUGCAUAAAUUUUAAAUAUGUAUUUAAAUGUGCAGUUUUGAAUUGAAGGUAUUUGUCAUUGUGAAAGCUGGGUCUCUAGCAUAUCCACCUUGAGCUAAAGAGAAGCUAAUAGUAAAGGUGUCAGGUCAGUGCUCUGUUUUCUGCCUAUGUCAUGUAUCUCUUAAAUUGUGCAACAUCCGAGAAAAGUAUAGAGUAUAUUUUUAAAGAAAACUAUAAAAAUCUAAACUUACAUUCUGAUUGUGAUUAUGGAUCAUCCUGCAAAGUUGUAUAAAGAAUUUCACCAAAAAUACUAUGGACUAAGAAUAUAUUUGAGAUUUACUGUGAUAGGUUUGAUUAUAUUUUGACUGUUGUGCAGUGAUGCCAUUUAGAUAGUAUUGUUUCCAAGCAUGGUGCUUUUUAUACCUGAAAGAUAUUUUUGCUUUAUUUUUAUUGAUAUAAUUAUAUUUGCACUAAUGACCUUCUGGAGAAAAUAUUAUAGAUGACAUUUUUUCUACAUAUAUUUAUUAAGAUUGGAAUCUGGUAGCCCAGUGUUUUCCCUGCACAAAUGUGAAACUUGAUAAAGUAUAAUGUCAACAAAUCUUGAGUUUCUGAGGGUAACUAAAUGUGCUGUUGUCUUCCUUCCUCUUCAAGACUUGAAAGUGGUUGCUUAUCACUGAUUCUGCAUAGUUUACUCAGUGAAGACUUAGAAGGCCAUUGAGCCUGUAAAAAAUUUUAAGAGGCACAUUUUAGUCACUCAGAUUAUGACAAUAUUCUAAAAAACGAAGACUUUUAAAAUCUGAGGUUUCAAUGCAGAAUUAGUGGGCUAGAAUUCAGCCUUGAACUGAAGAAUUUGAAAUGGCGUAAGUGUCAAUAUUCAGUGGCAGGUUAUACCCUUCAUAUUAGCAAAACCAGUUCCCUGAGAAAGGUGGAGCAGACUGCAGCCAUGGUGAAAGAGAGUGGGGUAGGGAAGGAGAGUGGGGAAGAGCUGAUUUGGGGGUGGCAGACAGGAGUCCUUUCUGACUUAGAAAGUGUCAAGUGCUUAUAAACUCCGACUACCUCAGUUUCCGUUCAGACUUAGGUUCAUUUUGAUAGGAUUAAGGUCCCAAUUGUAUCAAGUGAAUUUGUUUCUCAGGUUUUCAAGAACAGAAUUUACAGGAAGGAAGCAAAAGCCAUGUCAGUAGAUUUGAGCUGACAGCUUUAAAGAAACUGGCAAGCAGUUAGGAAGUCUUCAUGUAAACCUCUCUAAUAGUCUCCUGAAAAACAUCCUUUUCCCUUACUGAUUUCUUAAAGAUACCUAUUUUUGUUAAGAUCAAAUAGACAUUCUAAAAAUAUUAUAAAUUGUGCUUAAAGUUAGUUUCAGCCUAAUAUGUUGGCUUAGAGUUUAUGAUUAUGUGAAGAUGAAACAUGAAUUAAUGAAGUUUAAAUAACUUUAGGAAGAAGUGUAAAUAAGUAUAUCAGAGUAUUCUUUAAAAUUUAAUAUCAGUAUUCUCUUCAGUGUUAGAAGACUCACUGUAAAAUGACUAGGUGCUUUCUCAGGAUCUUGCCAGCGCUGAUAGUCCAUGACGAAUACUGAUCCAGAAUUGCUAGUUUCCUGCUGGGUCUGAGCCGCCUCAGAGCACGCCAGCUUCCACGUCAUGUUCACCACAGCGUCUUGUGCUUGAAGCCUUCGCACAGUCCAUGGCCGUAGACACUGAAUGGACAGAGAAGAGCCUGUCCCUGAGGGCGUUUGCGCAGUCCUGGCAGGAGGAGGUGGGCUCGGUCGCAGCCCCUCAGGCCCAUGUAUCGUGGACUCCAGUCAUCUGCCGCAUCCUCACAGCCGGGAAGGACUAACGUCGGUGAAGACUGUGCUACUCAUUCUGAAGAAAGACCUUACCUGAGGGGUGACUUUGUGGGGCUUUUUAUACAUUUAGGCAGAGUUGGGGAAGGAGUGGUGGAUUUUUUUCUGUUAUGUUUAUAUUUUAAAUAAGUAAAAUAGAAGAUUUAAAAACUAAUCUUUAUUUAUGGUAUUGAACUUUAAGUGUAAUAUAUUCCUUAAAAAAACAACUUUAAUAAAAAUGGAAA